AGGAAGCGAGGGAAGCGUCCUUGGAGAUGUUGUUAGUGUUGUAACUUUCACAUCUUUCUCCCCUCUGCGUAUGUAAUGUUUGUGUUAAACAACUGACAGAUAAUCGACUUUGCCACAGAGGGUAAUGAGAAAGCGAUUAAACGUUGGAAAGUAACCAUGACUGCAGCUGCUCUCAUAGGAGACCAGCUGAUCCUUGAAGAAGACUAUGAUGAGAACUAUAUACCCUCUGAACAAGAGAUCCAAGAGUACGCCAGAGAGAUUGGUAUUGAUCCCGACAGUGAGCCGGAGCUCCUGUGGCUGGCCAGGGAAGGCAUCGUUGCUCCUCUGCCUGCUGAGUGGAAGCCUUGCCAGGAUGUGACAGGAGACAUCUACUAUUUCAACUUCUCCUCGGGACAGUCCACCUGGGAUCACCCGUGUGAUGAGCACUACCGCCGUCUGGUGGCCCAGGAGCGUGAGCGCGCCCAGCUGGCUGCCGCUGCAGGAGGCACAGGGGCGAAGAAGGACAAGGAUAAGAAGAAGAAGAAAGAAAAGAAAGAGAAGAAAGAGAAGAAGAAGAAGGAGCCACUCAAGACCCCUGGAGCCCUGAGUUCACCUUUGGGACCCCUACCAUCCCCGCUGGGCAGCCUGGCUCCUCUGAGAGGUCUGGAUGCCCCUGGACCAGGCCCACUUCCUGGUUCUGUUCCGUCUCUGCGACGGUCCCUCGGCACCUCAGGAGGACUGGAGCCCUUAAAGACCUCCCUUGGGGGCCCUCAGAGCAGUGGAGUGUCUAGUGUUUGGGGCAGCAGGCAGGAGGAGAGGGUGUCUCUAGCUCUGCCUGGCUUUGAUGAUGAUGAUGACGAUGAUGAGAAAAUCUCAGAAAACGAGCUAAGUGCCCGUGAUUCAGACCAAUUAAUGAAGAACCUUCAUCUGGACCUGGAUGCCCUUGGAGGAGGCCUACAGUAUGAGGACAGUGAGGCCAGUGGUGGAGCUCCAGCUGAGGAGAGGACAGAACCAGAGUUGCAGGACUUGGCCCUAUCCGGAGACCACAGCCCUGAACCACCGUCUCAACAGGAGUCUGAUGCCGGUAAGAACACUGAGGAGGCUUCAUCCUCCAUGGAUGUGAAGCUGUCGGAGAAAGUUCUGGACAUCGACCUGUUGGGCAGUGUCAAUCCACUGGACAAUGAUGAAAAAGAGGAAAGAAAAGAAGAUGAGGAGAAUGAGGAGGAACCAAAGUCAAAGAGGGCAGAUGCUGCCAAGGGGCAUUUGCAGGCUGCUGACAAAGGCAAUGCUACAGGUCCUAAAGUUGACCGACUUGUCCUCCAUCAGUCCAGCCUUUCACCCUCCCUCUCAAGCCCAUCCCACUCAGAGCAAAGUGUGGGGCUCAACCUUAAAAGUGAUGGCGUUGGCAGGUCUCUGGGUCUGCAACGGCCUGAAACCUCCAGAGGUCGGCUGGUCCGCACUUCCAACACCCAACUAGAAGACGCUAAACCUCCUUUGCAAAACCAAGAGAGCAUACUGGAAGAAGAGGCAAGCUGGACAAUCUGGAAAGAUAGAGAGAAGAAAGAGGUGGAGGUGGAGGAGACAGAGAGGAGUCUUAGAGAGAGGAAGGAGGGGAGGGAUAGCCAGAUAAGCAAGCUUGCUCACGAGGUGGAGGAGGAAAGGGAGCAUCUGAUGAGGGAGAAGGAUGAGAGAAUGCGUGUCCUCCAGGAGGAGCUGAGGAGAGAGGAGGAGGAGGAGGAGAGGAAACUGAAGGAGGAGAGUAAGGAAAGACUGAGGGCUCUGCAGCAGUUUCUCCUGUCUAAGAGGAGCGAGGAGGAGGCCAAGCUGAAUGAGGAGUCUGACAGGAUGCUGAAGGAACUCAGACAGUCUGUGCAAGAGGAGAGGGAGCAGAAGCAACACAGACUCAGGGAGGAGAGUGAAGUCUUGCUGAAGGAGUUGCGCAUCACUCUAGAGGAAGAGCAAGUAGCGGAGCGUGAGAGACUGAAGGCCCAGAAGAGGAUGGACAUGGAACGUCUGAAGGCUGAGUCGGAAGAGGAGCUCAAAGCAGAGAAGAGGAGGCUCCAGGGAGAGUGGGAGGAGAAGCUGGACUCUCUGAAACAGGAGGUUAAAAUUACAGAGAGGAGGAGGGAGCUCAUGAGUCCAAGACCCGAGCAACAACUGGCAGAGUACCACCGAGAGCUGGCCGAUGUUCUCCAGCAAGUGCGGGAGGAAGUGCAGCGUGAUCACGAGAGGAAGCUGGAGCAGCUGAAGGAGGAUCACAGGAGAGAGAUGAACACCAUCAGAGAGAAAUACCUGGAUGAGGAGACAGACCAGAGGGAGCGCUUGCUUUCUACUCUACAGGAGGACAGAGAGCGUCUCCAGAGCUCACACACUGUCCAGCUGGAGAAACUCCGCUUGCAGCUCGACACACAGAUACAAAAGACUCAGUUGACACAUGUGCGCAAAGAAUCAGAACUGAAGGGUCUGGUGGAUCAAAUCGAGCUGAGAACCAAAGAGCUGAGGAGCCAGGAGGCCAUGCUGCAGACUAAGGCAGCAGAGCUGAAGAGGAGGAGGAAGAAGCUUGAGGAGGAAGAGGAUGAAGUAGACAGACAGAUAGAGGCCUUGCCCCGCCUCAUCCAGGAGAGAGACCAGCUAAGGGAGGAGCUGGAGAGGAUGAGAGAGGAGAAACAUCAAGCCAGAGAACUCAUCCAGAGAGCGAGGGAGGAGAGGGACAAGGCCAAGGAGCAGGAGGAGAGACUAAGGGAGGAGAGAGACAAAUCUGUGGAAGAGAGCAGGAGGGCUAAGAUGGACAAGGAGCGACUGGAGAGCAAGGUGGUGCUGCUGCAGGAGAGAUGCGACCAUCUCAGUAUUAGAGUCAGUGAGAUGGACCAGGGCGAAGGAGUGAGCACCUCCCUCAGACCAGAACCCAAACAGGAGAAGAAGAAGGCAGAGAAAGCAGAGGUGACAGCACCCUCCAGUGACAAGAUAGACUCAUCGCUACAUGUCGAAGAUCUGGAUAACUCUCCACUCUCCCCGUUACCUGACAGCCACAGCAGCGUGGACGACUUCAGACGCUACAUCUCUUCGCAUGGCGCAUCCAUCCAAAAAACCAAACUCUUCCUGGAGAGGGAGAGCAGCCGGCUGAUGGAGAGACAAGCAGCUCUGCGGGCAGCCCAGACCAACCAGGAAGCCCCUGCCCAGGAAGAAGGGGCGACUGAGGAAAUGACAAGAAACCUGCAGGAGGAGGCUAGAAAUUUGAUGGAGCUGCAGCGGACGGUUCAGAGAGGAAACACUCUCCUGCGGAGAAAAGAGGAGCAGCUCCAGCAGCUAGAGAGCUCUAUAGCUGAAGAGCCACUGUUUGAGGAUCUGUCUCGGCUGGCAGGAGAAAGGAAGGUGACCUUUGAUGUGACUGACUCUGACCUCAGCAGCUCUGUGGACCCACCUGAUGGGACAGGAGGCCAUCCCACUGUCCCAGAUAAAGUUCAGGUGUUAGCAGAGUCCUUACAACAGAUCUCAGGCCAGCUUAACACAGUCCUGAGUGCGUUAGGUUCACUGGCCCAGAGGCAGACCACCACUCCCUAUACAGUGUUCUCUCUGCCUCUGUCUCAGCCUCAGUUCACCCCAGCCCCCACCUCUUCCACCUCCACCUCUGCUACAGUCAUGCCCCAGAUACACACCUUGGGCUCCUUAGCCCCACCUCCGCCAGUGAAGCUCUCUGAGCCGUCCUGGAACUGGGCGCCCCAAGGUUCCUCUGCAGCCACCCCUCUCUUCAGCACCCCCAUCAGUAGUGGGCUGAGGGCCUCUGAGGACCUCAUUAACAGCCGAUGGAGCCAGAUAUUCCCCGGAGCAGCUAUGGACCCAAUCAUCUCCAGCACCACGAGGCCAACCUCAGCUUACUCAUCAUACACACCUGCUAGCGAACAUGGUCGUAAUCUGCGGUCCAUGCAGAAGUCAGUGGAGGUAGACGGCCAGAGGCUGCAGGGGUUGAUCGAUGGCAACAAGAGAUGGCUGGAGAUGCGCAAGAAAGACACCAGCGUACCCCUGUUUACUCGCUAUCAGGCUUCUUCAGCCAAGAGCGGCCUGGUCCAGCUGGGCUUGGAUGAUAACAACCAGAUCAGAGUCUAUCAUUACUGAGGACAUGACGCACAAUUCAGUCCUUUGUACUGCGAGCGUCACUGAGGACUUUGGAGCAUUAAUGACUGUGACGGGGCACACCUUACAGAGUCCUGUGUCCUUUUUGAUUCACUCCUUUUGAAAUUUUCAGUGCAAAGGUUUUCAGGCAAAGUCCGACCUUCUCUGCUGUGAUUGGAGGAAAAGAUGACUGCAGCCAGUAUGACAGUUCAGGGAGCAAUAUGUCACCGAGGCCUGAGGACUUUUAUCCUCCAACAUAACGUAAGAUAUGUCUUACACUUUAUUAAACCACUUACAGUGUCACGUUUACAGAUCAUAGCUCUGUGCCAGAUUUGCGUGUGCUUACUCUGAUGUCAGGUGGAAAUGGUUACUUCCUUCAGGGUUAAAUAAGCUGAGACAAUCACAGAUGUAUGUAAAAGUUCUUUUACUGACCUUUUGUCAGACGUCAUGUGACUUAUCUCUUCAUAAGUCAUGUUGAACUGCAGGCAGGACAUAACACUAAAAAACAGUGGGUUGCGUUUACUGUAUGUAUCUAUAGUUUUGUUAAUGACUUGUGUUUCAUCAGCCUUUCAAAACAGAAAUCACUGUUGUUUUUAUAAGGGUGAAGCCAGUCCACUUUUAUUUUAUGUUAAUUACAUUUAUGUUAAUUAAUUUCCAUAUUCCACAGUGGUUUGCACCAACGUAGCAUUUAGCUGUUGAUUAGUGUAGAUUUAACAUGUGCAGUCAGAGAAAGUUUUGUGCAUAUAUAUUUCUGUAAAUAAAUGAUGUAUUUUUCUAUGUAAUAUUUUAGUAAAUAUAAUUUUAUAUACAUUAA